AUGGCAGGCAAUGGGGGCGACAGUAUCUUUGUGACGCCAGGACCAGAGGACCUCAACCUCGGCAGCUUCAAUCCGCGAGGCAUGGCGGGCGCAGCGCGCAUGGGAUCAGAUGAGGCGGACUUGUCACAGCGACUGGAAGGUCAGGUCAAUAUGCAACAAGCCCGUCAAGCGCCGUUCCAGGCUCACAUUUCUUCCCAUCCUCAACAGCCAGCAGCCGCAGAACAUACGCCGCACCUCACAGCCGGAAGACCAGUCCAGAUGCAGGCCGCUCCAGCGCAAGCCGCUCGAAGACGGCAGACACACCGCCAGACACGACGAGGCUCGGCCCCUAGCCAGCAAGCUCCAGACCAAGAGCUAAUCGUCAUCCCAGACGAUGGUGACCCACCCUUGGUAACAUUCCGUUUCAACGGAGCCGUUGCGACCAUGCCCAAGACGAGAGUUACUCGAUUCGUAAAAGCUGAGGGAAGCAAGGUCUUCCAGAGCCAAGCGCAUCACACGCUCAUCGACGCGCAUGAAGCGCAGUUCAAAGAUACUGCCUUGGUCAUCUCGAAUCCCAAGACGACCAAAGGUUACAUUCUCCAGAUGUACCAGUCGUCGUGGAAGUCGAAAUUGGUGAGGAGCUGCACUGCAAAGCGAAGCUACCUGCACACUGUCGAAGGACUGAAGGACCAACAUGCAUGGGAUCACGAGCGCAGUUCUUACCAGACCACGAUCGUGGAGCCUAACGUGCGCAUCUUGGCGCAAGCGGAGAGAGAUCUGGCGAAGAUGGACGCCUUGAUCGCUUUCUUGAGAAACAACUGA